AUGGCUGAGGCUUGUGUCAACUUCGUCGCCCAUAUCUGGAAACCGAAUGUAUGCCGAGAUUGUGCGAGCACAAAGGAGAACCAUUUGAUAGGUCAAAUUUCUACUCCUUCGCAAUGUCUAGCUGAUCCGAUUGAAAAUGCGCUACCUGAAUCCAAGCACAGUGAGCAGAAAGUUUCGAAAUCAGGACGGACGAAAAGGCGUGAUGACGAAUAUCGAUUUAUUCGACUGGUGGAGAAGAGCAUCCAACUGUUAAUUGACCAGUCAGAUCUCAAAGAUGAAGAAAUUCGAAAAUUGAAAUCAGAACAAAAUAAAUUAGUCCAUUAUUAUCAAACAUUGGAAAAAGCGCUCGCAGAUGAAUUGGACUACCGUGAGCGACGCCAAUUAGAAAAGCAGCAUAUCUUAACGAUUUCACAGCAAACGCCAUCAUAUUGGGGACCGAAUGCCUUCACGGAACCUUAUCGAGAAAUAGUUCUUUCGAGGCAAUCCAAAGAAUUUCACAUGAUUAGCAGUUUAAUCAAUUCGACGAUUAGUCUACAUGACAAUCAAUAUGGAACGGUCAAUGGACGAGAUCCUACAGAGUUCGUAGUGAAACAGAUUAAACGAAUUCAAAAUGCUCGAUUAUGGCAUGAAUAUUGUUUCAAGAAGGACAGUAUUAUCCGUAAAAACAAUGACCAACUGUCCGAUUAUGGUAGUUCAAUAUACUUGGAGGCGACUCCAAUACUAACGCCUUUAUUAGAUAAAAGAGCGAAUGAAUAUUGGCUUUUUCAUGGUAGUAAUCCUGUAAAUAUACCUGAUUUAUUACAGGUUGGUUAUGAUCCUCGUGUAUCGAGCUUAUUCGGCUUAUUUGGCGGUGGUUUCUACUUGGCUGAAAAUUCUUCGAAAUCCAAUCAAUAUAUUCCAUGUCCUGGCUGUGGUAACAAUGCAAGAUUUAGACGUAUAGAAUGUUCGUGCAAAGAUCAGGACCAGUUUGUCUUUUCAAUCAUUCUCUAUCGUGUUGUACUGGGCGAUGUUCAUAUAGCUCUUCGUUAUAACAAAGAAAAAUAUUGUGAAGGUCUCAACCGAAACGGCCAACGGAUUCGUGUUCGACGUCCACCAGUGAAAACGAAUAGUCUAAAUCUGUAUGAUUCAGUGAUGGGUGAAAGCAUAGAAAAUGGUGGGACCUAUAUGAAACAUCGUGAAUUUGUUCUAUAUGACCAAGGACAAGCCUAUCCUGAAUAUGUUAUUGAUUUUCAACGAUCUGCAAACAAUCCGCGAGCGUCAGUUGACAUGAAACGUUUACAUGAAGAAUGUAACCAUUUUUUAAAACAUACUUUUCGAAGCGCACCGGAAUAA